GGAGUGCGUCGUCUAACCCAAAAAUUCAGCAGUCAGGGAAUGACUCCAUCAGUGUUUUUCAAAGGUGGUAAUUUUAAGGUGUGUGCACUUCAACUCCCAGAAUUCUCUUGCUGCCUGGGGAAUCCUGGAAACUGAAGUCUACAUACCUUAAAAGUUGCCAAGUUUGGGCUGCAGUGCAUGAGGUCUGAAGAGGGGCUGGAAUCCAACAGGAGCUCGGAGAUAGUUCGAACAAGCUCCUCUUCUAGUCUAGGGGCUGAAAUGCCAUCUUGUCCCGGUAAGGGAAUUGCACCCUUCUAAGGAUGAGAUGGCCAGUUGUAGGAGAUUGGAAGAUAAAUGGGAUUGCACCCGUGACAAUAACCUUAGACAAGGCAGUUAAUGGAUUUUGCUGGCUCGGUCAGUUGUGUGGCAUGAGUUUUGGUUAGUAGGCUUGAUGAAGACAGGAUAGUUAGUCAAAUUGGGUUUGACUUUAGCCCUUCCUUGGAGUUGGGAGAGUAAAAGAGAGAAGAUUGGUUGUUGAGUCUAUAAGGAGUUGGAAAUGCCUUUUUGAAGGAAGUAGUGGUAGUAACUUCUUCAAAAGAGAUGAUUAGGCUGCUGUGAUGAAAACUUACCUGAAUUGGGAAGAUUAAAAACAGUUGUAGGCUGGAUGCUAACACCACUUUUUGUAGUGCUAUACUUGAACUGAUCAUUUCAAGACUGAUUUUCUUUACCUUGGCUUUAGGCUUGGCUUGGCAGAUAUCACCUUAAAUGCCCUCUUUUGAUAAAGUGAGAUUGGGAAUCCAGUUCUGUUAAUUGUUUGGGAUCCCUCAAUAUAUUUUCUUAUCGGUGAUGACACCUUUCUGGAUCAAUUCAAGAUACUACGUUUGACCUAAAAAACCUGCUUAAUAGCUUUGAUCAGGUUAUCUGAAGGAAAAUUAUUAUUUUUGUUUGUUUGUUUAUUUACUAGACUCCUACGAUUCUUCCCUAGGGCUUUCUCUAGCUAUUCUAGACCAGUGAGGUAUGAGAAAUUGUGAAGUGGUUGAGAAAGAAAUGGGAGGAACUCUAGACAUAACAUUCAACAAAUGAGAGAGGAAUUUGUUAGUAUCUUACUUCAUAAAUGGCAGCUCAGUCCAGAUUGCAAAAGACUAAGGAGGAGGGAUGCAAAACAUUUAAAGAGACUACACCUCAGUGAAUUCAUUAAUAGGAAAGGGAUGGAAAUUGAAGUCUUUGUGAUUUUUUCUACUUGAUUGUGCCCUUCAGCUUGGAACUAGAUUGGUGGUAGUGGCAUGUUAUUCUUUUAUGAAUGAUAAUAGAAGAACCAGAGAUGUUUAUCAGAAGAAAAAUGUAUUCUGUUAAGUGUGAUGAACAAAUCAGAGAGAACAGAAAACAGUGAUCAGGCCAUUCAGGGACUCUAGAAUAAAUUAAAAUGAGUGAGAAUCACUUAGAAACACUUUGUUCUGGAUUCUGUAUGAUUUAAGCAUAUGUUUAUUCAUACAUAUACAUGGCAAAAGACUGGAUAUAAACUUAAAGGAUAAUUGAUUAUGAUGAAAGAGAUAAUUUAUGAGGGACACAAUAAUAGUUCUGAAUGUGGGACAGAGCAUUUUCAUAGUGUUGAAUGAAUCUUUGGAAGAAAAGGAAAAUAAUGAAAAAACCAAGAAUAAAAAUGGAACAACUGCAAGAAAAGAAAACAUAUCUGUUUUGCACUUUCAUGAUUCAGACUGUGAUCUACAAGGGUCUUCAUCUUGUGAACCUCUGCUUUCUUGUACAACAGAAAAACUUUUGAGCCAAGCAAAAAUACUUGCCAAAGGGAAAAAAAUUCCAUUUGCUACAGAUGAUGACUAUACAAAUGAAGAAUUAGCUAUUGCUUAUGUACUGAUUGGCAAUGGCCUUUAUGAGGAAGCAAUACACCACUUUUCAACAAUGCUUCAGGAACAACCAGAGCUCAUCAGUGCAAUUUAUGGGCAAGGGAUAGCAUAUGGAAAGAAAAGGCAACAUGAUAUAAAAAAUGCUGAGCUUGCUUUGUUUGAACUAAACAGAGUAAUUAAUCUGGCACCAGAUCAUCCUGAAGUGUUUGAACAACGAGCAGAGAUACUGUCAUCUUUGGGUCGAAUUAGUGAAGCACUGACUGAUAUCACUAAAGCUAUUCAGCUGAAACACUCAGCACAGCUUUAUCGACACAGAGGUAUUCUUUACUUCAUCUCUGAGGACUAUGCAACAGCCAAUGAAGAUUUUCAGAACUCUCUUGAGUUGAACAAAAACCAGCCCACUGUUAUGCUUUACAGAGGUUUAUCCUUUUUUCACAGAGGGCUUUUAAAGGAAGCUAUUGAGAUAUUUAAAGAAGCCCUGAAGCAGAAAUCAGACUUCAUAGAUGCCUAUAAAAGUCUAGGCCAGGCUUAUCGGGAACUUGGUAACUUUGAAGCUGCAGCGGAAAAUUUUCAGAAGGCAUUGAUGCUUAAUCAAAAUCAUGUCCAGACGAUACAACUUAAGGGAAAUAUGUUUUAUCAUCAUGGAAGCUUGGAUGAAGCGUUGAAAAACUUUAAGAGGUGUCUUCAAAUAGAGCCAUAUAAUGAAGUAUGUCAGUACAUGAAAGGUCUUAGUCAUGUUGCCAUGGGCCAAUUUUAUGAAGGAAUCAAAGCUCAGACUAAAGUUAUGCUAAAUGAUCCCUUGCCUGGUCAAACAGCCAGCACAGAAUAUCUGAAAGUAAAAUACUUCAGGGAAUAUUCUCGCUAUCUCCAUGCACAUCUUGAUAUUCCAGUUACAGAAUACAACAUAGAUGCAGAUCUUCCUGGGAAGUUUAAAGACCACUGGGUCAAGAAUCUUCCUUUUUUGAUAGAAGACUAUGAAGAACAGCCAGGCCUACAACCAAAUAUAAAAGAUGUGCAGCUUCACAAAUUUGAAAACUAUAAGUCCUCAGUGCAAGAGAUGAUAUGUGUAGCUAAUCAUUUGGGUUCAUUAAUGCAAUAUGAGACUGUUGGAUUUCUCCCAAACAAGAGAAUGCAUAGAGCAAUGGGGCUAGCGGUGCUAGAAGUAAUGCAAGCUGUACAGCGAACUUGGGUAAACUCAAAGGUGCGGAUGAAUGGAAAAACCAAGCUGAUGCAAUGGAGAGAUAUGUUCGACAUUGCUGUGAAAUGGAGACGGAUAGCUGAUCCAGACCAGCCAGUGCUAUGGUUAGACCAAAUACCAGCUCAAAGCCUUAGUAGAGGUUUUAAUAAUCACAUCAAUCUUAUCAGGGGCCAGUUUAUUAACAUGAGAUACACAGAGUAUUUUGACAAGAUACUUCAUUUUAUCAAAGACAGGAUCCUUGUUUAUCAUAGUGCUAAUAACCACAAAGAACUAUUGGAAGUUCGCGAAGCAUUGGAGCAGGUACAUAAGGUAGAAGAUCUUCUUCCAAUUAUGAAGCAGCUUAAUGGUAAAACAAGAGAUGGUUUUACCAUCCACACCAAAGUCCCAAGCCUCAAAAAUCCAGGAAAGGAAUAUGAUGGAUUUACUAUUACUUUAACAGGAAACAGGAUUGGUAACCUUUUGUUUUCAGUUGAGACACAGACAACAGAAGCAAGAACACAACUUUAUCAUACAGAAAUAGAUGCUCUUUAUAAAGAUUUAACUAUGAAAGGAAAAACACAUCUUUUGUCUGCAGAACCUAGGGAGACAGAUGUCAUAUGCAAUCUAAUCUUGUCUGUUUUAUACUACUUCUGUAACUUAAUGCCCCUUUCCAGAGGCUCCAGUAUAGUGGCUUAUUCAAUCAUCAUGGGAGCACUGAUGGCAAGUGGACAGGAAGUAUCAGGAAAAAUUCCUAAAGGAAAGUUGGUGGAUUUUGAAGCCAUGAUUGCCUCUAGUUCAGAAGCCUUUAGUAAAGUAGCAAAAAGCUGGUUGAAUUUGAAAAGCAUUUCACCUUCCUACAAGAGUCUUCCACUGGUAUCAGAAUCAUUUCCGACUUUACGAACUAUGAUGGAAGUAUUAAGUGCAGAUUCAUCACAUUGCCUGAAAAGGCUUUAGUUGCUGUGUGACAUCUGAAUAAAGAACACUGACUUCC